AAUGAUAAGUCUUUAAAAAGCAGUUUUGAAACUGAUUUUAAGUGAAGAUUUAACAUAUAACACGCGUUUGUAUUAUUCUUUUACCGGUAAUUCUGAGUUAAUGCGGUGCAGAGACCUGGUUAAAAUGAAUGAAUGAAUCAUACCAUCAGGUGGCGCAAAGGGAUAUGUCACGAAUUGUUAAUAUUAAAGUCAUUAAUGUUUUCACAUGGCGAAAGGAAAAGAGCAAGGAAAUCACUUUCACCAAGAGCUUUUUGGGGGUUAAUUUAAAUCUAAAACGGCGAGAAUAAUCCAAUAUCAGGAUUAAAAACCUUACAGGAGGGAGGAUUGUUGAUUAAUAAAGCAGAUUGAGUGAUUUUGCGCUGAGUGCCUCCUAUAGGCUGGCCUCUGGUGUUCUGCCGAGGAUCUCUCUCUGCUACUCGACUUUCUGGAUCAUUUUAUUGGAAGAUGGAGUUUGGGGAAAGGAAGAGGAGAAGAAAGUCUCAGAGCUUCAAACUGGUGACGGAUGAAGAUUUGGACUCUUCAUACGUGAUGAAUUCCAGCUCAAGAGAUGUGAAUGGCCAAAUUUGGAUGGGGGACGAGAGCAUGGGAAUCAAGAAACAGAUCACUGGAAUGAUGAGGCUCCUGGGUGAUAAGACUGGAAGCUUCCCUCUGUGCUCAGAGGCAGAACAUAACGGCUCAACAAAAGAUGGCAAAGUGACCUGUAGACACACACCUUCAAUUUUAUCGUUUGUGUCGGAUGGUAGACAGAGCCAAAGCUGGAACUCAGUAGGGGGCACAGAGCCUCCACCAUCAUCCACAUCAACAUCACUAGCAAAUGGUCCAGGCUGUGGCCAACAGAGUACCUGCUCCAGAGGGCUCACAAAUGAAAACACAACAAAGGAUUUAAUAAAACCUGUUGCAACAAAAGCAGAUGGGCUUCAUCCUCCUGUACCAGAGAUCCCCUGCUGCAUGUGUAACUGUAAGGGCACCCUACAGGCGAUACUGCAUGAGUUGCGAGCAAUGAGGAGGAUAAUGCAGAAUCAGAAAGGAACUUCUGCAAGACGGGAGCAAGCUAAAUCAUUUCAAUCUUACAUCAGCCUGGGUUCAGCUUCAUGCCGCAAAGCCCAGAAGAGAAAGGUGGCUCCACUAAGUGUCUGCAGCACAAGAAGAAAGGCUCUUUCUUGUCUGGGGGCUUCUCACCAGAAAGACAAAUCUACAGAAGCUGCAAAGAAAGAAGAAUAUGAGAAACUAGAGUCAUGUACAAUUUCCGGGGAUGUUCCUGAACUACUACCUCAGAAUGACCAAGUAGCAGACUGUGUCAAAAAAAGUUCUCUUCUGAAUCAACUAAGGGAACAUCAAGCAUUGGAGUCUGAGGUUCGUCUUGCUGAAGAUUAUGAUGUUUUCAUCUCAAAGGCCCAGCUAGACUCCAUUUUGAUUAACUAUACACGUUCUGGCAGCCUGCUGUUUCGCAAACUGGUAUGUGCCUUUUUUGACGAUGCUACUUUGGCAAACUCUGUGCCAAAUGGCAAAAGGAAGCGAGGGCUCAACGACAACCGAAAGGGUUUGGAUCAGAACAUUGUCGGUGCUAUUAAAGUGUUUACAGAGAAGUACUGCACUGAACACAGAAUAGAGAAGCUGCCUGGACCUCGAGACUGGGUGCAGAUUCUUCAAGAUCAGAUCAAACUUGCUAGGAGAAGGCUGAAAAGAGGUUUUCUGCUAUUUGUCAUUAAUGCUACUAGUUUUACAUCGUAUAUAUUAUCAACCAAAUCUUCCAUUUGUCUCAUCAGACUACAGUUACUUUAAGAUGUUUUAAUGUCUUUGUUUAUCUUUGGUCAGUGCUUGUUAUUGAUGUCAUUUUUAAUACGGAGUUAUGAACACUAAUCCGAACCGAGGAAACUAAGCCUGCAAUGUUUUACAUAUUGUUAAAAUAUUGUGGUUAAUGACAGUGAACAGAUUUCAGAAGGGGCCAAAUACCUUAUAAUUAUCUAAG